AUGAGCCGCUUCCGUCCCGGCAGCGCCGCCACCAUGGAGGCACCGGCGGGCACCGCACAGGAGCCGCCGGCCCUCGGCGAGGUCCCCAAGCGCCAGAAAACCCCCAACAACACCCUGCAGCGGCUGGCGGGGCGGCUGCUGCCCAGCGCCUGCAGCCGCUUCCUCUGGAGCCCUCCGGAGCGGCACCGCCGCACCAAGCUGCUGCUGGGCGCCGGCACCGGCACCCUCCUGGGCAUCGGUGCCAGCGCCCUGGGCUGGGCGACGUCUCCGCGGUUCCGCUGUGCCAGCCUCCUGCUGGCGCCCAAGCUGGCGGGCAAGGAGGGCCGCGUCUACGUGCUCUCCUACGUGUUCGCCGCCAUCUACAACGGCCCCGUGGCCAACGUGCGGCACAACCUGGAGGAGGUGAUGCGCUCGGUGGGCUGCGCCGCCGAGCUGCAGCUCAACCACAGCCGGCAGCUGUGGCACGUGUCGACGGCCCCGCUGCGCACCGUGCUGCAGGACAUGGUGCGGAGCGGGCAGACGCUCAACGCUGAGACGCAGAACAUCUCGCGGGCCUUCGUGGCGCUCAACGAGGAGGUGGCCAGCGAGGCCGGCUACGAGCUGCGGCCGGGCCCGCGCGCCGCCGCCCUGCAGCCCAUGAGCACCCAGAAGCUCUACGAGACCAAGACCAAGCUGCGCUGCAAGCAGGUGAUCGACACGGCCAUGCAGCACUGCCAGGACUGGUUUAACGAGAAGCACCGGGAGUGCAUGGAGCUGAUCGUGGUGCCUCUCAUCAGCCACCUCCUCUGCCUGCCCAUGAAGUUCAGGUUCCUCUGCCACGCCGUCAAGGUCAUGCAUGCCUGGUGCCGGGACAGGAUCCCCGUGGAGGGCAACUUUGGGAAGAUGUAUGACAUGGUGAACGGCUCUGUCAACAACCUCAGCCAGGACUUCAGCGCCCAGCUGGUCUUCCAGGUGGGCACCCAUCCCAGCCCAUCCCGUCCGUCCGAUCCGGCCGCAUCCCAUGGCACCGUGGCGCGGCUGUCCCAGGAGGAGCACCGCGACAUGCUGCUGGGCGCCAACGUCUCGCGGGAAGAGCUGCUGGAGACGGUGACGUCCCGCGUGGAGCACCACAGCGCCCAGCUGGGCCGCACUGUCUCCUUCUUCCGCCUGCUGCUCUCCGGCACCUUCCUCCUCGUCUUCCUCUCGGCCUUCUCCUACACCAAGCGCUACAACCACGACCUCUCCUUCGACAACGUCUACAUCACCACCUACUUCCGACAGAUCGACGCACGCCGCUGCAAGCAGAACAAGCGGACGCUGCUGCCGCUGCGCCGGGCGGAGGCGCCCGCCGUCGUCUUCCCCGGCCGCCUGGGCRUGCAGCCGCUGGAGCUGCAGAGCAUGGUGGUGGAGCUGCUGGACUGCAUCCCGCCGCUGCUGCUGCUGCUGCUGGCCUGGGGGCUCGACCGGGUGCUCUUCACGGUGCUGGGCGCCGUGCGGCAGCACUCCUUUGUGCAGUACUCCUUCCGCAGCAGCCACCACCUGGAGCUGCGCGUGGCCGGCACGUCGCUGCUGGCGCGGCUGCUGCGCAGCACCGUGGGCGCCCUCAACACCUCCUCCCACCUGCACAUCGACUCCUCCAACCUGGCCUGCCUGCCGCAGCCGCGGGCCAUGACGACCCAGGGCUACGUGGCCAGCUGCCUGCCCCUGGCUCUGCUGGCGCUGCUCUGCCUGGUGCAGGUCUACACGUACCGCCUGCGCCGCGUCCUCGCCGCCUUCUUCUUCCCCAAGCGGGAGAAGCGGCGCGUGCUCUUCCUCUACAACCAGCUGCUGCGCCAGCGCCAGUGCUUCGUCCAGCUGCAGCGGCGCCGCGUGGCCCGCCGUGCCCAACAGCGCCAGGGCCUGGUGAGGCACCGCGGGACGUCGGUGCUGGAGCGGUGCUGCCGGCGCUGGCCGGCGCUGCGGCGCUACGUGCGCCAGCGCUGCGUGGUGUGCGAGGAGCCCGAGGGGCCGCGGAGCCGCGUGUGCGCGGUGCCCGCCUGCGCUGCCGUGUACUGCGGGCCGUGCUGGAGGGACGCGGGGCGCGCGUGCCUGCUCUGCCGCCCCGGGGACAGCGGCCUCUCCGAGGACAGCAGCGAGGAGCGCGCGACCUACGCAGCCUGA